AUGGAGACGCAAAUACAUGUACCCGUGGGCUCGCCGGUAAUUAGAAAAAUCCCAGUUUUCGUGGACGAGCGCAACGUAACGGAGGGAGCGAUGACGCUCAUUAAAGAGCUGAGACCGGCGUGGGACUCGAGCGACGUCAAGACCAAGCUCUUCACCGAUGGAACCACCAACAAGCUAGUGGGCUGCUACGUGGACGACAGUCCAGAGGACGUAGUCCUGGUCCGAGUAUAUGGAAACAAAACAGAGCUGAUUGUGGACCGAGACAAUGAGCUUAAGAGCUUUCAGGUGCUGCAUGCUAAUGGUUGUGCUCCUCGCCUCUACUGCACCUUUCUAAAUGGCAUCUGCUAUGAGUUCAUGCAGGGAGAUGCACUUGGAACGCAGGAUGUCAGAGAUCCUACUCUGCUCAGGCUGAUAGCCAGGGAAAUGGCUCGUAUCCACGCCAUCCAUGCACACAACGGCUGCAUCCCCAAACCCAACCUCUGGAUCAAGAUGCGGAAAUAUUUCUCGCUUGUAGCCACAGAAUUCACAGAGCAAGCCUCCAACAUCAGAAUACAGCAGGAAGUUCCCAGCAAGGUGGUGCUGGAGCAGGAGAUGGUUUGGAUGAAGGAGCAUCUUUCCACACUGGGCUCACCUGUGGUGCUCUGUCACAAUGACCUGCUCUGCAAGAACAUCAUCCACAACAGCAAAGAGGGUCAUGUGCGCUUCAUCGACUAUGAGUACUCCAGCUACAACUACCAGGCCUUUGACAUCGGCAACCACUUCAAUGAAUUUGCAGGCAUGACUGAGCCGAACUAUGGACUCUAUCCUAGUCGGGAGAUGCAAAUGGAGUGGCUCAAGGUGUAUCUGCAGGCUUACAAACUCUUCACCAAGAACACAGAGGAGGUCAGCCAGCGAGAGCUAGAGACGCUCUACGUUCAGGUCAACAAGUUUGCUCUGGCUUCUCACUUCUUUUGGGGUUUCUGGGCUCUCAUCCAAGCCAAAUACUCCUCCAUCGAUUUUGACUUCCUGGGGUACGCCGUGCUACGUUUCAACCAGUACUUCAAGACUAAACCUGCAGUGAUGGCCCUGCAGAUCCCAGAGUGAGAGGAGGCGGUGGAAGCCAGAAGGACGAGGAGAGGAGCCCAGAAGGAGGUGUGUUUGAAGGUUAAAUGCUGGGACUUCCUCUCCCAUGAAGACGCUUCUGUGAGCCAGCUGUUGAUGGACCACUCCUCGGUCAGCCUGGCAUCCUUUUCCUGCAACAAGCGCAAUUACUCUUUGAUUCCUCCAAACUUUAGCUCCACGUACGUCACCGCUGUAGCCCAAGAAUGACAAAACUUUCACGUGUGUGUGUGUGCAAGUGCAUUCGUCUGCGUUUCUAAUAUAUGUUGAAAAGGCGCCACGCUUUUCCUCUUAGAGCAGCUGAACCAGGCGUAGAGAGGUCUGUGUUUGGGAUAGGACACCAAAAUGUUCCACAACGCUGGUAAUGAUGUCACAAGAGGAAGGAGAGGGUUGAAGAGUGUCAGGAUGAUGGUUUGUUUUCUGAAACUGACUACAGGUGCAGCCUGGUGUUAGUCACAUUGUAUGUGUGUGUCUUGUGUGUGUUCCUUCCUCUGUCUCUACAUAUUUUAACACAUUGUGACCUUUUCUCGUUUUUUUCCAUCACCUUUGGUGCUAAGUGCCCGUAGCUUUCUGCACUGAGCUUUCCUCGGGGUGUCCUUUCCUGUGCCCCCUGUUUUUCCUGUUGAAGCACUUUCAGCUUCUUUCACCACAUCCUCCACUUAUUCACAGCAAACUGCUGCUGCUUAUGCUGCUAGGAUUGUAAGACUUGUCUGCGUGUUAGUUGGUGUUUCAUGCCAAACGCCACGUGUUUGGAACAGCAAAUGGAAAGGUUUAGGUUGACUCACUGUUAAAGCUAAAUGUGCAUUUAUUUAUUUGUAUUUAACAUCUCAGGUUAACAACUCUUUGGAAAGUGGUACCGAAGGAGGUGGAGGGGAUGGCUACAAAGACGAGACCUCUGUGUGUGUUCCUGUCCUCGAGCAUUAUUUCCACCUUUUUGACUUUUAUGGUUACAGCGCAUCGCUCUGUUAAGUUUUCCAUUUAAGGUUUCCAGACAUUUUGGAAAGUCACCACCUCUGUCACCCUCCCUGUGCCAUGUCCUCCUCUCCCUUUAUACCCUUUCAUCUUUGAUCGCCCACCAGUUCCCAGUUUUGGUCUUUGGUUGCUUCUCCCUUUACUCUGCGGAGGUUUAUGCAUCUGUUUUUCAAACCGUCCUGAAAUCAUAGCCCAGUCUCAGUCCCAUGCUGUAAUCCACUCUAUUCAUCUCAGAUUUAGAGUCAAAACUUCUUACAUAAUUACAUAUUGCAUAAGUUUUAUCUGGGGGCAAAUCAAGUGGAGCUUUCAAAAAGAAUCUGAAGUGGGUUAGCUGGGGGGGGGGUGUCUGUCACAAGAUCAGCUACUGUUUUCCUGGGAAAAAGAUCUGACUCUGAAAGACGGAGAAAUCAUUAACGCACUAAAGUACUUACAGCUUAGAAAGCAGGCUUCUUUGAAAUCUAGAUAGUCGGUUUGUUAUUAAUUCAUUUUUUUCAGCUUAACUUUUGACUGAACACCUAACUAAGCAGAAACAUAUCUGUUCAAGGCUGUCACCUUUUUCAAAAGACCAGACAGAUUGAGUGUAAUGUGAAACAUAGACUGUAUAGAAAAGAUGGAUGUAAUGUGAUGUAAUGCACUGUGAUGUCAGCCAUCGGUGAGCAGAGUCUCAUUUUGAAGCCUCGAGUUCUUUCUGAGAUGUGGCUCCCAGAUUUUGUCAGUCAUAUGCAAAAUCAUACAGUACUGUAGUUAACUUCUGACUCAAUAAUAACUAGUAAUUAAUCAAUAAUUAAUAUAAUAAUAAUAACGUACAAAAAUUACAUAUUGGAAAGUGUAAGACUUGAAACUAGUAACUAUUCAGACAAUAAAGUCAUCAAUGAUAUGUUUACAGAGUUCAGAAACUAAGUUUUUCCAGAGGCUUCUAAGCAGUUGGAUGUCUUUUUGUGACCUCCCCGCUGGACAUCCCAGUCACUGCUGGACAUCCCAGUCAGUGCUGGACAUCCCAGUCAGUGCUGGACAUCCCAGUGCAAAACUAGCAGGUAGAGCUGGUGGGGUGGAACCUUUCGUUUCCAUCACCGUUGGCCAAACUUGGCUAAAAGCGGAGCAGAACUGGCAGCUUUCUAAAGAAGUCAUGGGGUAUUACUCCUCCUUGGCACCAAAGAGGGAGCUCUGACCUUUGUCCUCUACUGCUGGUGUCGUGUAACUGGAAGGCUUAAUAAUUCACCAGCUGAGCUGCAGGAGAGAGGGACUAAAGCAUGUUAAUGGCUUUCAUUCAGAACAUUUAACCCGAGAGGGAUUGUCUGAGGAGUGCUGUUAAUAUCUGAAGUCUUUAAUCGUUCUUAACUUCAGGUAAAAUAAUUCUCUUCUCCUCAGUGUGAAUAAGAACUGAUUGUAACAGUACAAAACUCACUGGGUUUAAAAGUUAUUGAUGCACAUAUUCAGGAGUCUUUUACUUCACUUAGUGAAUUUUAUUAUUUAAAUGUUAUCAAAAGACUUAUUUUAUGCCACUAACAGUGAGGUGCAUUUGCAAAGGCCAAAUUGGUGAAUUUGCUGCUUGAACACACAAUUCUAAUACCCAGGUAGGACAUCAGCCGGCAUAAAGAGGGCAUUCGCACUCCAUGAGCACCAGGUGAAUAUCUCUAUUCCCUUCACUUAUACAGGCUGCUGACAGCUUUUUGAAAGGAAGGCAUUUUAGGUUCCUGUAACAUUGUAUCUUAUACGCUAACAGAAGAUGAAGCUGAGUGUGUGGGAGAUGAAUUGAAGACACAUUCCAACAAAUCUUUGCAUUUAUUUAGCAGCUGUUUGGAUCUUUGGUCACCUUACCCACUGCUGUAGUAUCAUCCAUUAAAGAUGCAGUGUUGAUUUCAUGUGGCCAAAUAGAACAAAUUUAAAAAAACCAACUACCCCGGACAAAUAGACCAAAUAAAAAAUGUUUGGCUUUAUUUAUUUGCACAAGUCUUUCACUGCUCUCAGUCUGUGAGUGCACUUCCUCAAACAGGGAGUGGAGACGGAGAUGGCUAAUGUGAGAUAAGACACCAUUAACUGAGCUGUCAACACAUCAUCUCAAACUGUGAUAAAUCCAUCCAACCAGUGUUAAAACGAACGUGACAAGAAAGCGAAACCUGAUAUUUGAUCCACGAUAUUGACACAUCCGUAUUCACAAUGCUGCAACAACUUUUUCUCUGUAGACUGGGCGCUGGGUAAGGUGACAGCAAACAGAAAAUGAGCUUGACUCUGAUCCCCAUUUCCAGACAAAUGCAUCCAUUUCAUGUGUUUUUGUGUCGACUGCUGAGACCGGCUGUCUGAAUUUGCUGUUCCACGCUGGCCAUUGAAACGGUUCACUGUCAUCAUGUCGUCACUUUAUACAGUUGUUUUAAAAUCAAGUUUGUUUAUCAUUGAUUCUAAAGUUGCACUCCACACUUAGUUUGUUGCAGUCCAGUCAUACCAAAACAGUUAGCUUCAGUUUGCCUUGCAUUUAAUUUGAGAUUAACUAUGUUUGUGUGCGUGAAUGUACUAAUUUAAUUAUACAAAAUACUGUUCAAAAAACUGACUUUUUUUUUCUUUGUAUGCUGACAUAUACUUUUUCUAAGUGCUUUGACUUGAAAGGUAGAGCGCUGUGUAAAAGGACACAGCGCUUGGUUUGCAGAUGUGACUUUGUAAAUGUACUCAUCCACUGCUAAAGGAGAUGAUGAUGGGGGAUGUAAAUAUUGUAAGAAAUACUGUGAAAAGCUUACUGUACAGUGAUCCUUCACACCUCUGUAGGAGUGGCAAGAUUAUUUAACUGUUGUUAGUAAAUAUUUCCAUUAAAAACAAUGAAAUGUU